AUCGUGGAGGACACACAUAGAUAUAUCAACCAGUCAAGUUCUAAUGUCAGAGAGCAUAUGAGAAAUCAUGAAGUUUGACGAUAUUUUAGGAGAGAUAGGUGAAUUUGGAAAAUACCAACGAUGGGUUUAUGCGAUGGUUUGCAUCAUAGCUCUACCGGUAGCAUCUCAUCAGAUGGCUCAAGUCUUCCUGGCAGGUGCAUCCGAUCAUUGGUGUGAUGUGGCAGCAUGGAGCGAAGAAGAUUGUUCUAAAUGGGAUUACAAUGAAGCACAGUGCACUGAAGCGAAGAGAAACGCUAGUUCACCCAUCAACGCGACUGAAGAUGAGUCACAGUGUUACAAGUAUUCCUUAGUCGAUGAGCUCUUCUUCCAUCCGGGUCUCGAUCCUGUCAACUACAAUGAUACCACAACCAUUAAAUGCAACGACGGAUGGGUCUAUGAUAGAAGUCAGUAUAAAUCAUCACUUAUACAAGAGUUCAACCUGGUAUGUGAUGAUGCUAACUUGGACAGCUUGGCUCAAUCGUUAUUCUUUUUGGGAGUACUGAUAGGGUCCCUGUUCUUUGGAACCCUCGCUGACAGCUUUGGUCGCCGUAAAACGCUCUUUAUAGCGCUCGCCCUUCAGAUAGCAGCCGGUAUAGGUGUUGCGUUUGCACCCAGCUACUGGUGGUUCGCUAGCCUACGUGUCAUCGUAGGGAUCGCUAACAUGGGAGUCUUUCUUCUGUGUUUCGUUAUCGGAACGGAGAUGGUCGGGCCUAACAGAAGAACUGUAGCAGGGAUGAGUAUACAGAUUGCAUUCUCUGGUGGUUACAUAAUACUAUCUCUCUUCGCAUACUUUAUCCGUGACUGGUUCACUCUCCAGCUCGUCAUCACUCUACCAGCUCUCCUGUUCUUUGGCUUCUACCCAUUCUUACCCGAGUCACCACGUUGGUUGAUCUGUAAAGGACGUACUGAAGAAGCCACAAAGAUCAUCCAGAAGGCCGCUGAUACCAAUAAGAAACAGUUACCUGAUCCAAUCUUUUCCCCAGAAGAACUCAAGGAACAGCAAGAAGCUCUGAACGCUAAGCAAGCCACGGUUAUCGUGCUCUUCCGAACACCUAACCUCCGAAUCCGUACUAUCAACUGUAUGUUUAAUUGGUUCGUGAAUACCAUGGUAUAUUAUGGUCUAUCCUUAAGCACCUCUGAUCUUGGAUCGAAUGAUUACAUAGCAUUCUUCAUCUCUGGUGCUGUGGAGAUACCUGCAGUUAUCACGGGUAUCUUUGCUAUCGAUUACUUUGGUCGAAAAUGGAGCACCUUUGGCUAUAUGAUUUUUGGAGGCGUCGCCUGUCUGUGUACCAUAUUCACUCCUCCUGGACCCUGGGCGACAACGAUUGCUAUGUUGGGCAAGUUCGGUAUCACAGCAUCGUUUGCUAUCAUCUACGUCUUCUCGGCUGAGCUCUUCCCCACUCCUGUCAGGAGUGCUGGUGUGGGUCUUUGCUCCAUGUGUGCACGUGUUGCUGGAAUCUUAUCCCCGUAUGUUCUACUCCUGAGUGAUUAUUGGGAGCCUCUACCAGUCCUCAUCUUUGGUAUCCUGUCCAUCACCGCCGGGAUUCUCAUUCUCUUUCUUCCUGAAACGCUGGGAGCUCAACUUCCUCAAACUAUCGAAGAAGGAGAACUCUUUGGAACGAAGAAAGGGAAAGAUCUGGAUCUUGAAGACCAGAAAGGAGAAACCUACACUCUCCAUACCAUUUCAUCUUCAAUGGAUGAGAAAAACAAGGAAGACAACGGACACGUCACCCAGGAAGACAACGGACAUGUCAACCAGGCUUUCGAGGAUAAUAAUAUCUAGAUUCAAAUCUCUACCAUUCUCUACUGUUAUACCAACGCACAUAUUAAGACUAUUAUACUGUUUUUCUGGUGGCUCCAUCCAAAUUGUGUAUCUUUUUUUCCUCAUUCUGUAUCAUUUCACUUUCUUAUCUUGAAUCGUCAAUAUGAAAAGGCGUGGUGGCUCAGGGGUACAGCAGUUGUCUCGUAACUGGGAGAUCCCGGGUUCGAAACCAAGUCAAAGCGCUCGUGUCCUUUAAUAAGGCAUUAAUCCUCGUUACCAAGUCCCUCGGACAUGACCCAAAUCCGUCGGUCCCCUGGUUGUUCAUUUACUAGCAUAUAAUGCUCUCUUAGCAGACAGGUAAUACAAUCAUCAAACAAACAAUACCAUUUGUAUUUUGAUUUGUUACAGUUUUCAGUUAGUUACAUUUACACAUUUUUAUUUUUAUUUUUGAAGAAAAGUUAAAUGAUCUUGAACUUAAACCUUUUCCUGUCCGUCCGUUUCUUGGCAUGGACUUACAAAAUACACAACCUGAGGUCAAUCAACUAUUAUGUAUGUACACUUGUCAUAAGCCAAACUUUGUUAAUCGAUAAACCGCAAAUAGGUGAUACAAUAUAUUACAUACUUAACCAGGCAAACCAACUUUCUCUACUCCACCACUUUAAAAACUGGAGUAAACACUCAAUAUUGAUAACAAGUCAAUCUGGCCUUUGUUCAAACUGCUUAUUUCUUUCCCCAUGUCUGUUUCAAUGUUUGUAUUUUCAUAUUUUAUCAAUUGAUUUAUACUGCAAUGUUUCUGUAAGAAUAUGAUGGGUGCCUCGACAGAACUCUCGAGGUGUUUCUUUUUCCUACCAACAAUUUUAUUUGCAUUUCUUUGUUUAUUCCGUUGCAUAUUUUUCUUUUCUUCUCCUUUUUUUAAUUAUAUUUGUAAAUUUUUCUCUUAAAAUUUGUAAAUUGCUAAAUAUUUCUACAUGUAUAUGUAUUUGCAUUUUUAUCUGUUUAAACUGAAAUAAAUGAAUAAAUUGUAACAAGUGAUACAAAAAACCUGAUGAGUGUAAAUGACCUUUACCUUCAUCGAGUUUCUCUUAUAUAAUGUUAAUAUAGAUAUAUUGACUGCUAUGAGAGGCAUCGCUGUUUCAGGUUCAAGGGGACGUUACAUCUUGCUAUGAACCUGAGGCGCGCCGCGGCGAUCCCCGAGAGCCAGUGUAGAAACAGCUAUGCCUCGAAUAUUAAAGCAGUCCAUAUAU